AUGGCAGCAGUCCUAGCCCGAGGCCGCCGACGCCUCAGUACCUGGCCUUUUGCCAUAACGCUCAUCAUUAUUGCCAUUCUCUCCGCAUACUCGUUUCUUGCGCAUACACAUCAGUCUCUGCUGCCUAGUGCCUUGACGCCCAACCCCGCCCCUCACCUUGUGUCUCGGAGCAAGCAUGCCGAUCCGGAAUGCCGAGAGGUUCGCCUCGCCAAGGACCAGUGCUCUUUUAUCAAGAAGUACUGUCGAGAUGACGAUGCCGGCCUCAUAUCCUACUUGGAUCUCUACUAUUGCAAGCUGGGCCAUGCCCAGCCGUUUGCGUUCAUCUUGAUUGUCCUUUGGCUAGGAUUGCUCUUCACAACCAUUGGAAUUGCCGCCAGCGACUUCUUCAGCAUCAACCUCAGCACUAUUGCCACUAUCCUACGCUUGAGUGAAAGCUUUGCCGGUGUCACGUUUCUUGCCCUCGGCAAUGGCUCCCCGGAUGUCUUUAGCACAUUUGCUGCCAUGGGAUCUAACAGCGCUAGCAUGGCUGUCGGCGAGCUGCUUGGCGCUGCUUGCUUCAUCAGUGGUGUCGUCGCAGGGUCGAUGGCUCUGGUACGAGAAUUCAAAGUUGACCGAAGGUCCUACGUGCGAGACAUUUGCUUUCUUAUUGUGGCUGUCAUUUUUACAAUGAUCUUCCUAGCCGAUGGAAGCCUGCAUUUCUGGGAGUGUUUGGCCAUGAUAGCCUAUUAUUGUGUCUACGUGGCUACCGUCGUUGGUUGGCACUGGUAUUUCUCGCGCAGAAAGCUUCGCCUUCGUCGCGAAGGCGAAGCUCGCAGCCAUUUCUACGGUUCUGCUAAUCAAGCCGGUGACGAGUUGGCUGGUGAGCCAUACCGCGAUGACCCUGAUGAUGUUGACCGCACCCAUGGCACCUCAGAGCCGCACCGGCCCGACAUUUCUGCCUUAGAGGCUGGCCCACGCAUUGAACUCGAAGGUCAGGAUUGGGACGAGGUAGUCGAUGAGCAGGUACAAGACCACGAGAGAAUGGUUGCGGCAGAAGUCUCACGAGGCAUGCGCGUUCUGCGUACAAAUCGAACCCGGAGAAAUACCAAGACUCCAAUUAGACCUAGUCUUGUCGGCGCUUUAGAAUUUCGAUCUGCCCUUGCUCAGCUUCAGCGUGAGAGCAACUGGCAACUUUCCAACAUAUCAGGCCGCAGUCAUUCAUUCAACCACAUCCCUCAUCAGCGACAGCGCGGAGCUUCCUUUACCGAAACAUCCGACCGAUCACAGUCCCCACUAGAUCCGCGUCUGGAACCGAGCGCCCAGGGACGGGCGCGUGCUUUUUCAACUAACACAGCGCCUGGAGUGAUUACAGAAGCAGAAGACACCUCGAGCGAUGGUGAGCAAGGGACAAAGCAGCCAGAGGGCGCCGCCAAAGUCUCAUGGCCUUCGCCAUCUUUUACCGUUGGUGGAAAUCUAGCCCCUCCCCCCACCAACCAGUCUCCAGCAUCAGCAAAUGCAACAGACAAAAACCAACCGAGUCAGAAGCUGCCAUCGCUUAUGGUGCGGCCACCUACGCGCCAGGGCGGCCAAAGCGACGGCUCCGCACCCACCUCGCCGUUUCCUCAAUUCUCAGAUUCUCCUGCGCUCCUGACACCGUCACCAAACGCAGAGCCUAGCGAGUUCAUGCUGCCUUCUCCGGUUGUAGGACGACGCAUCGAGCUACCCGGAUCUUUACACGAGUGCGAAUGCCUUGCCGAACCGAAGCCUGUCUCUUGGUGGCCAUAUUCUAUCUUGCCGCCGCCUCACAUUAUCCUGGCGACUCUGUUUCCAACACUGCAAGGUUGGCGUAGCAAGACCUGGUGGGACAGAUUUGUCAGCGCCGUAUCUGUUCCUAGCAUUUUCCUGUUGGUCCUGACGUUGCCUGUGGUUGAGCCAGAAGAAGACGAAGACGACCAUACUGAUGUGACUAUAGCCUCACCAUCUGGUCAUGAGGUUCCUGCAUGUGAUGCUGAUCGGCUGGCUCAGACAAGUGGUCAGCGAGGAGUUGCCACAGAGUGGGAAAGAUAUCGAGAUGAGGCGACUCGCAGCAACAGUCACACUUCGUCAUGUCGCCAGUCACCGUUGCUUUCAGCUCUGGCAAACGCGAAUACUCUUGUCAAUUCAUCAGGCGCAGCCGAAGUGGCCUCCACAUCACUCGCGAACAAAGCGGUAUCAGAUUUUCCCUCUGCCGGCAAUAGUGCUGCCGACCCUGGGACCUGGAACAGGUGGCUAGUUUGUGUACAGCUGUUUACGGGGCCUCUAUUUGGGGUCGUUAUCGUGUGGGCUAACCAAUUGGACGAGUGGGAAAAUCCAAAGAGAACGCUAGUCAAGAUGGUGCUGUAUUCGUUGCUUUCAUCGUUGGUCUUGUUGGCGAUAUUGGUCAUUGCCACGGUCGAGCAUAUCCGGCCCAAGCACCACUACAUUUUGUGUUUUCUGGGGUUCGUGAUUAGUAUCGCAUGGAUUUCGACAAUUGCCGGCGAGGUGGUCGGUGUCUUGCAGACGCUCGGCGUAGUGCUGGACAUUUCGGAAGCUUUACUGGGGUUGACCAUUUUCGCAGCGGGCAACAGCGUUGGCGACUUGGUGGCUGACAUCACCGUGGCUAGACUUGGUCACCCCGUCAUGGCACUGUCCGCGUGUUUUGGUGGUCCGCUGUUGAACAUUUUGCUGGGCAUUGGUAUCGGCGGCGUCUUGAUGAUGAUUCAGGGCGCGAACCAUGAGAGAGGCAAGCACCCUGAUCAGCCGGUGCACUACGGCCCGUAUCCUGUCAAUAUUGGGGGUACGCUGAUGGUCUCGUCCAUCUCGCUGUUGGCCAUCUUGGGCGGUCUGCUGAUUGCGGUGCCGAUGAAUAAAUGGGUGCUGAGCCGCAAGAUUGGCUGGACGCUGAUUGCGGUUUGGUCAAUCAGCACGGCCAUCAAUGUAGCUAUGGAAGUGAGCGGCGUUUGGGGAGGCUCCAAGACUUGA